GAGAGGAGACAUUACCUUCUAAGACACUUUUCUUCGAGGGUUGAGAUGAUUCACGUUUCAAGAGCACCGGAGUUUUCAAACUUUGGGAACAUGAACAUGAUUUCUUUUGCAUCUCCUGAACAAGACGUGAACUCCAUGUUGACAGGCAGAAGACCGAGGUCUCAUUCCUAUAACAACCCAGAGGACAGCAAAAACUGUGACUUUCAUGUAAAAACAGAGGAAGCCAAUGCAAGACCUCGCUCCAGAUCAUUUUACAGUUAUGAGACAUCAGAGUUGUUCUCCAAUUUUGACACAGCAAACUUUUCGUGGUCCUGUCCACUGAGGCAGAGAGCAAGCUCACAGUCAAGAAAUCAAAUGUCCAAAAUGAACGAUAAAGAUGGGAAUCAAUCUGUUGUUCCUGUCAACCCAAAGAAGUCGAAGAAGCUCUCAAAGGAUCUUAAUGGCAGUAAAGGCAGUGCCAGGACAGUGUCCAUGAUAACCAUCUCUGAGUCAGACAACUGGGAGAUUUGCUCCAGCUCUGGUAUGAAGUACGGGCAGUUUGUGGACUGGGAGAAGAUCGAUCCAGAACCUGCGAAGAAAUACCAGCAGAUCCUGAAGAGCGGGCAUCAGCAGCUGAAAAGAAUGGGGCGAGAGGGUUUCUGGGCCAUCUCGCACACGCUGAGGGCCAAAGCAUACUAUCAUAUCAUCCACAACAUCAAUUCCAGGGCUGUUACGCCAAAUAGGGAUGUUUACUAUGACCUGGCCAAGAAGCUUUUUGGGGAACAGAAAGUUAGCACUCACCAGGUCCCGGAUUACAUGGAGGAUGGGGAUAUACCAAGAUACUGUCUCAACAAAGCAGGCAUGAAUUCUGUUAAAAAGAUCCUUAUAUGCCUUGGCAGUUACUUCCCAGACAUGAGCUACUGUCCCAUCCUCCCUGCCUUGGUCUCUCUCAUACUCCACUUUAGUGAGGAUGAAGCAGAGUGUUUCUACAGCGUGUCUCGACUCAUCUGCUACAAGGACCCUAACAAGCGCUACAUCGACCAGACAUUCCUUACUUAUCGUGCUUCUUGCAUGACAUUCGGGGACCUUGCCAACAGGUGCUGCCGAGGCAUCCGAAAGCUGAUUGCCAGCUCGCACCAAAACCUCUUUGAAUUUUACUCCGACUGGAUCAUGUGGCUUUUUGCUGACCUUCCAUUCACAUAUGCAAUCAGAGUUCUGGACGUCUACUUACUGGAGGGUUUCAAGGUUCUCUUCAGGGUUGCAUUAGCUUUGCUUGACCUCUACAAAGUGUCCGUGUCAUCUCGAGUAGCAGACGUCGAAGACUUUAGAACUGACAUGAAACGUUUUGUGCAAAGUGUAGCUCGCCACUGCACAGUUGAGAAGCUUUUGGAAAGGGCCUUCCAGAUUCCAAUUGCUACACGAAAUGAGCUUAACCUUCUGUUCAAUGCAAAUAAGGAUGCCCUAAUGCAAAAAGGUGUCAGCACACACCAAAAGAGGCAGACGGUGGAAUCAGUGGACUUAAACAGCUUCAGCUCCAGUGUUGUCACAGAGACGGAGAUGAGGGUCAUCUGGGCCUGGAUUCCUGAACGUUUUGCGCUCUUCAACCCCGUUCGGUUGUUUCAUAUCGCAGAAGAUGGAAGAGAUCUUUCUUCAUUGUAUAAACGUGUUGAAGGACAUGAGCCAAUAGUACUCAUCAUCAAAACAAUGGAAGAAGAGGUUUUUGGAGCUUUCUUGUCAAUGGAUUUGAUGGAAAGACGGAAUCACGACUCUCAGGGACUUACAUACUUUGGAACUGGGGAGUGUUUUGUUUUUACGCUUCGCCCUAGCAUGGAGCGCUACCAGCGGGCUAUGGUCAACAUCAUGACCAGAAUAGCCUCUCCUCAGCAGCACAGAGAUGGAAGCAGUUCCGCCUCUCAGUUGGCAAACAGAGAGGUUUGCCAGCUGACCAAAACUGUCAGCUGUACGAAUGGGACUCCCCAGAAUCCAUCCUACCUGACACUCCCCCUCAGCGCUCCAGUAGGAAAUCCCAGAACUGCAAAGGAGGCCAAGAGACCAAAGGAGCAAGACGCCUCAAAUUUCAUCGCAGGAGAUGACAGUCAGCUCAUUGUCGGUGGUGAUGGGGGCCACGCACUCUGCUUGUGUGAUAACUUAGAGGAAGGAAACUCAGAACUCUGUGACACAUUCAGCAGCAACCCGCUCUGCAAAGGACACUUCCAGAUCCAGUCCCUGGAAGUAUGGGGCAUUCAGAACUCCAUCUACCUAUCUCGCAGCUUUCAUUCUCGAUAGACGAACGAGGAGUGGUAUUAUGUGGGAGUUGUUUUGGACAACAGUUUUUUUUUCUGCAAUUCAAUGCACAUUGCAUUUAUAAUAAGUCUUUUGAUGAAUUUUAAAAACUGUAAUACAAGUAAAAAAAAAAUCUUGGUUUGAAUAUAAUUUACUGAGACUUUCACUACUAAAUCUUUUCUUUGUGUAUUGUAUAAUAGGUGGUCAAUCAGUGUGUUGUCUAACCAGCUAACACUAAAGAAAUUAUAUGAUGAGCCCAUUUAUUGGAAAGCUACUAAAGUACAGUGACUCACUGUUUCAGAGAAGUGAAUUUUAAGAUCAAUUCUACAUUUAACAGGCUGACAAAACAUUAACACAAGAGGAAUAUUGGCUCUUUUUCUGGUGCCAUGUACAGACUGCAUAACAGUGGAAUAAAAUGUUGCAAUGUAUAUAUGAAUAUAGCAAGCUAUGUAUGAAAGUGUAUAUAUUUUGUCUAUGUGCUUCCUGUAUUUUUCGGAUGUUAUUUAUAUCAUCUUUUUUGAAUGAUUUAUUCAAUACAUAAUUAAAUCAUUCCGUGUGAAAA